AUGAAUCCCGCCUGCAGACUAAACCUGAAUGGCCCUGAGUGCCAGAAGUGGUUAACCGCCGUGAGCUCCCACUGCGGCUCCCUUCUGCCCAAAGCGGAACUGGCGUCGCUCUGGGAUAGCUGGUGGCCGGACGAGCUGCCCGCUCCGUACAAGGCUUGGGUCAGCACCCUAUCCGCUUUUGACUGUCACAAACUACGCAAGGAGGUGGCCAAUCAGUUGGAUGAGAGUCUCCAAGCGGAGGCCAAUAGUCACUCGGCUUUUCGGAGUUUCUCUCGUUGGCCUAUGGCUCUUCUUGUGCUGCUCAUGGUGCUGAUGGCCAUGCUCUUCGCCCUUAAAAUGGUGAUCAAAUUGUGUCGAGAAAGACAAUCCGAGGUGUGCUCAUCGCCUUCGCCCACGCCCAAAUCAGUCUGCAUAGAUGAGGAGGCCCCGCUCUGCCAGACGUUCAUGAAUCCCAGGUCCUUCGUCUCCUUUGGCCAGCAUUCGGACCCGCUCCCCGGCUACGGACUGAACAUACACCAAAAUCCUGUAAAGGCUAACUCCAUACCGGACGUCAAACCAAAGGAACAGAAAUAUCCCACCGAGGCUCCGCUAUUCCCGCAUCCCAUGAAGCCAUCCCCUCUUCCCAGGAAGCCUUCUCCGAAGCCAACGCGAAAGAAAAAUUCGGCGAAAAAAUAA